AUGAAUGGAUCUAACAAUAUUAAUAACAAUGAAAAAUUGAGUGUAAAUAACAAUAUUAAUAAUAGUAAUGGUAAUAUUGGUAAUCCAUCAGUAACACCACAAAAACAACAACAACAACAACAACAAGAGGCAAAUAAUACACAAACAACAACAACUACUUCUACUACAUCAAAUUCGAAUACAACAACAACAACAGCAACAACUACAUCUACAGCAACAUCAACAACAACAACCAAUUCAAGUGGAGUUGGACAUAAUACAAAGAUUAGUACUGGUGGAUUGAAUAAUGCAAUGCACAGAGAUAUUAUGUUGCCUGUAGUGUUGUGGUGUGGUGCACCUACACAUAGAAUCACUGCAAUAUUGAUUACACCCGAUAAGCGAACGAUCAUUACAGGUUCACAAGCGGGUCACUUGGUGAUUUCAUCAGUCUAUCUCGAUUCACAGCCAAAGGAGAAUCAAUUCAUUCCCCGUGUGUUCACGAUGGGUCACAACGGUGUAUCCGUUACGUGUUUGGCGAUGUGCGAAGUCGAAGGUCGUGAAGCGUUCGUCAGUUGCGGUGCAGACGGUUCCAUCUCCGUUUGGAGCAUAAGCGAUGGCUACUGUCUGGUUGCCUCACAACCUUCAUUCCUAACGUGUUCGCCAUCGUUCAUGGUAACCCUUCCCAACAAACGACGUGUUGCCGUCGUUGGUAAAGGUUCGAAUUCAAUCUUUAUAGUUGAUGUUCAAACAUUAAAGAUUAUUGCAACUUUAACAUCACAUAUAGAUUGGGUAUCAUGUUUAUUUACAUGUACUAUAUCACAAGAUCAAUCACCAUUGUUAUUGAGUGCAAGUCUAGAUGGUACCAUUAAGUUUUGGUCGUUGAAUGACGGCGAAUAUGACUAUUCUUUGCAAACGAUAUGCUUGACACCCGGUGGUGAAGGUCAUUGCUCUCCAAACGACGCACCAAUUGCAAUUGAAUUCUCACCGAAUGGUAAAUCAUUAUUAGUAAUAUCUAAAGAUCAUUGGUCUAUAUUUACAACCAAUAAUUCAUAUAAAUUAUGUUCUAUUAAAUGUCCUAAUCCACAAGGUUGGUUUGGUGGUAGUUUUGUAAACAAUUCAAUGAUAUUGGUUUGGACAAAAGAUGGAAAGUCAUUCCUCUAUAAAAUGGAUCCGUUCGAUGGAAAGUCAUUUUCGAUGGGUCAUCCAGUACCACUACCAGGAACUUCACCAUUAAAUCUACCGAAACCAAUCGAUAUAACCAGUUCAUCACCUGGUAUUAUGUUUAAUGAUUCAAUUGAGAUAUCUCAUUUAGCACCAGAAACGAAUCCACCAACAUUAUUACUCAGUUUUGCAAAUUAUGAUACAACUUCGAAAUAUCCAUUUAAUGCAAAUGGAGGUGUUAAUAGUUCAACUUCAAAUCUUCAAAAUAAUAAUAAUAACAACAACAAUAAUAAUAGUGAUAUCACUAAAAAGAUUGGUGCUGCAAUGUUGUGGAGUAAUGUAUUUUUAGUUGGUGAUUCAUUUGGUCGUGUCAAGAUAUGGGUGAUUCCAGUUGACGACAUCCCAGUGCACAGCAUGAGAAAGAUGGUUCGUGAGCCUAAUCUCAUUGGAAAUAUCGCUGAUGGCUGGAGAGGCUGUGACGUUAAGAACAAGUCGAGAGUGACGGCCUCACUGGUUCUGGAGGACUCGAUGAUGCUCAUCCGUGGUUACGAAGAUGGCAGUAUCAGUACUUCGAAGCUACCGAUCGACUUGCACACCAAAUUCCAUCCGGGUUCUCACCAGGGUAAGGUCAACUGCUUGAUGAGUUCGCCAACCAGCGGCAACUCGAAGCGUCGUCUCUUCUCGGCAUCGAACGACACCACCAUAAAAGUAUGGGAUCUCACCAGCUUCCAGCUACUACACACCUUCUCACACCAUACCGGACCGGUAACAUCGAUCUUCACGCUGCCACACGCCGGACGUUCCAACUUUUUGUCGAUCUCUGAAGACAAAACCGUGGGAAUGUACUCUACAGAGGAUCUGUCUUGUAAGCACAUGUUUGGUGUACACUCGUCGCCAUUGUCUCGUGUAUUCUGGAAGCCUGAACAAGGAUAUCUCGUUGUGGAGACUAUCGACGGUUCCGUGUCACUCUGGGAGAUCGGUUCCGGUGAGCUCGAGGGUGUUGUCUACGGACAGAUUGCAAAGGAUAUUAUCGACCAUGCUCAACCGCUAUCAAACAAUAACUAUCAACCAAAGGAUUUGGGAUUAUAUGAUUCAAAACAAACAACUCAAUCAUUUGUUUUCACACAUAAGAAUGAUCCACCAAUUCAAACUAUAUUCUUAAAUAUCAAAGCGAUAUCAGAUGAAAUCUUAAAGUAUACAGAAAUGAAUACUAAAUAUAAUACUUCAUUCCCAUCGAAUAUGUCGAGUCAAUCGCUUUCCAGUUCACUUGGUAAUAUUGAAAAUCAACAACAACAACAACAAUCGUCUGCCAUUCUAUUGGUACAGAAAGAACUUAGUCAGUUGGUGUCGAUAUUCUCUUAUCUAAUGCCUUGGGGUAUGGAGAGAAACCUCGAUUCGAUGUUUAUGAAAGACUUUCAGUUGAGACCACCACAACCCGACUUUUCAUUCGGUGUCAUCGGUGAGGGAGGCAAUCUCAGUAUCCUUACUCCUCAGGCAUCGAGCUUCAGCGGAAAGAUGCAAUGUUCAGAGUAUCUCACCGCUCAGACCACGUUGUCUGCCGUUGCACUAAGUCGUACCAUCCUGAGAAUUGGUGGUCUCGAGAAUGCAUGCAGUCAAAUCUCAACCUACUAUUGUAUUAUUUUACCAGAUACACUUACAAACUAUGUAUAUCCCGACUUUUCUUACCUCGCCAGCUAUUGUCAAGACAACUCUGAAGACAUUAUGUUUUCCGCUAGAUCAGUAUUUAAAACUGCAAUCGAAAGAAUGCCAAAACCUCAAUUCCUAUCAUUAAUUGAUUUCUAUUCUCAAUUAUUAAAAUCAGAUUCAUUGGGAUCAGUUGAAAGAGCAAGAGCUGUUAUUGUUUUAGCAAAGAUUGCAUCUCAUAGAAAAGAAGAUGUUCCACAAAACUUAUCAUUAAAGAUUGGAUAUGAAUUGUUAAAGAUGAUUUUCAAAGGAAAAGGACACUUGACAAUUGCUGCAGUCGAAUUAAUAGGAAAAGGAUUCACUUUAUGGAAAGAUUCAGUCAAAGAUAUUCCGGGACUAUUGAAAUGUUUAUUCACUUUAACUAUGCAAAAUGAUACACUAGGUACAACAGCUAUCAAUUCAUUAUUAUUAAUUGGUACUGUAGAUGUAAUGAAAUUUAUUCAAACAAUUGGUGAUGAAAUAUCGAAUGAAUCAAAGAACUUGUCUUCAACUAUACACGCUAUCGUUCUGAUAGGACUGUUGAUCAAGAACAACCCUGAUUCAGUGCUUACCUAUUUGCCACGUGUCAUCGAUUGUAUUAUAAAGAGUUUGGAUCCACAUAUUCCGGCGUUCAGAGAGGCUUGUCUGAAACAAACCACCGCUGUUUUGCAUCUGAUGGUCAAUAAGUAUCCGAUGGUGUCGUUCCAUCACGAAUCACAGAGAUUGAUGUUGGGUACUAUGGACGGUUCCAUUGUGAUCUACGACUUGAAGACUGCCACUCGUUGGCACCGACUCGAAGGUCACGAACGUGCACUGAUAUCGGCUGUCAGUUUCAGUGAGAGUGGAAAAGCGCUGGCAUCGUUCUCCACCAAAGACAAUCUACUGAAGAUCUUCCAAACCAACUCUAGUUUCUUUGGAUUUUUAGGAUCACAAUUUAAUUGUACAAAAUCAGUUAGAAUCACAACGGAUCACCAACAACAACAACAACAACAACAACAAUACAACCCCGCACCAAAGGUAGAGAAUAUUAAAAUACAAUGGUUAUCACCACAACAAAUUCUUCUAAAGAAAGACAACAAUACUUUUACACUAAAUCUAGAUUCUGCACAUUAA